AUGGCAGCCACUAUACCACGAAAAGAGUCUCAAAUGGAACAUAGGAACAGAAGUGCCAACAUGGACCCCAGCCAUGCGAAAAGCCUGACAAAAUUAGUUCUCCUCCUAGGGAUCAUAGUUCGUGUAAUUAUUUACUACUACAGCCUGUGGCAUGACAACAAUUUCGAUGUGAAGUUUACAGAUGUCGAUUACUAUGUCUACUCAGAUGCUGCCAAAUAUGUACUGAGGAAUGAAUCGCCUUAUAAACGAUACACCUAUAGAUAUACACCCCUAUUGGCAUACUUGAUGGUGCCCAAUUUUUUUUUUCAUUUUUCCUUUGGCAAAAUCUUGUUCUCAUCAUUCGAUUUUCUCAUCGCCAUUGUCCUGAUUAGAAUCUUAAGAAUUAAAUACCCUGCAUGCAAGAAUUACAUUUUUUAUGUUUCCUUGUGGAUCCUAAAUCCGAUGGUUAUCAUAAUAUCCAUUAGGGGCAAUGCCGACUGCAUCCCCUGCUUGUUCGUUUUGUUAACUCUCCUUUGCAUUUAUCAGAAGAAAAUUUACCUCGCAGCUAUUUUUUAUGGGCUAGCUGUUAAUUUUAAGAUAUACCCAAUUAUCUAUGCCCUCCCUCUGAUGCUUUAUCUGAACAAAAACUACUUAGCCAAGGAUAACUUUUUCCAAGGGGAUAAACAACAGGACCUUUGUGUGAAUCCGAUUAGUUGGACUCUUCGCUCAAUCGGCCAACUUUUUGCGGGACUGCUUAAGCUAAACCGGGACCAGCUAGUUUUUUCCCUGUGCAGUUUUGGCACCUUUAUGCUGCUAAACGGGGUGUUUUAUCGAAUGUACGGAUACGCGUUUCUGCACGAGUCCUUCAUAUACCACCUCGUGCGUCGGGAUCACAGACACAACUUUUCCCUCUUCUUUUACCUUAUGUACCUGAGCAUUGAGGGUAACUCCAAGAUCAUGCCCCUCAUAACAUUUGUUCCCCAAGCCGUGUUAGUGGCGCUGUUCGGCUUUAAGUACGCGCGGGCCAAUUUGGAAUUGUCCAUGUUCCUGCAGGUAAAUAUGCUACCAGAGGGGAGGGUCCUCAUAGGGUGCUACUUCAUUUGGUGCCUCCCCUUCAUUCCGGUUGUCCUGCACUCCAUAACGUUAAACAGGGCGAACUGGCUCUUGUGGGCGUAUUACCUUGAAUUUAAAGGGUAUAAUACCUUUCUGCAGUUGUUCUACUCCUCUGUUUUGUUCCUUAUUUCUGAGAUGACCAUCUGCUGGGUUUUUAUGUACCUUCAUUUUACGGAACAGAAGAAGAACGUAUGA